AUGAUUGCAGCAGUGAAAUCAAUCUUUUGUCAGACGGAGGCAACGGAGGAGACUAAGAACCUCAUCCGACACCAAGUGUCGUCUCUCCUGAUGGCCCACAGGCCGCGGGAAGUGCUUUACAAGGUCGAACGUGAUGCGCUUAGAGAACUCAAGGCCGACAAAGACCUGGUCAUCGUGCCAGCGGACAGGGGGCGCUCCACGGUUGUGCUGGACAGGACAGACUGCCUUCAAAAAGCCAAAGUUUUACUGGAGGACCGACAGUUCUAUGUCCCAUGUGCAACGAACCCUGUAAAAGCGCUGACACGCGAAAUCAAUGCUACGUGGUUGGCCUUGGAGAACUCAGGUGCAAUAACACCGACCGACAGACGCAUGGCGAGACCCCAAAAUACGGCUUUGGCCCGAUUCUAUGGCCUCCCUAAGGUGCACAAAGACGGCGUUCCUCUCCAACCCAUCGUGUCGCUCAAAGGGACUCCAACGUACGGACUGGCUAAGUGGCUGUUCCGGAGUCUCAAGUUCCUGACCGCUGAGUCAGACACCACGGUCUCUUCGUCAACACAAUUCCUGGAGAAACUCAAAGGGGUAAGCAUACAUCCAAAUGAGGUCAUGGUAUCUGUUGAUGUUACAUCCCUUUUUACUUCUAUUCCCCAGGACCUGGCGAUCGAGACAAUUGAAAUGCUACUAAAAAAGCAAAUACGAUGAAACGGAGAACCGUCUUGGAUACGCCCAAAUCCUUCAGCACCUGAAGCUCUGCCUCAGGACGUACUUCACGUUCGACAGGACAAUCUACGAACAGGUGAAGGGCACACCAAUGGGUUCGCCGAUUUCGGGAUUCAUCGCCGAGGCGGUCCUGCAACGGUUAGAGUCGCUGGUCUUCCAACACCACAGACCGAAAUUCUGGGCCCGGUAUGUGGAUGAUACCUUCGUCGUCAUCGAACGGGAUCAGGUGUUGACAUUCCAAGAACAUCUCAACGCCGUCUUCGCGGACAUUCAAUUUACGAUGGAGGAGGAAGAGAACAACCAGCUGGCCUUCCUGGAUGUCCUCGUAUGCCGCAAGGAUUUUGGUGGACUAAAGACCAAAGUGUUCAGGAAAGCGACAAAUACGAUGCAAGUACUGAACUUCAACACUAACCACCCAAUCAGCCACAAACGCAGUUGUGUAAGGACGCUCUAUCGGCGUGUCGAAACGCACUGCAGUGAGCCGGAAGACAAAAUUGCUGAAAUACAAUACCUCCGACGGAUCUUCAAAGCCAAUGGAUACCCGCGCAACUUCUUCGACCGGUGCAUACGCAAAAGGGACGAAAGGCCUAACCGCACGGACACCAAGUCUUGGCGGGCACUUCCGUAUGUCAAGAACGUUUCGGAAGCUGUCGGCCGCCUUCUCGCACCACUUGGGGUUGGAGUGGCACACAGACCGGAGGCAACCAUCAGGCAUCUGAUCAUGAAACCGAAAGACCCACUGCCACGGCUAGAAACGUCUGGAGUCGUUUGUCGGAUCUGGUGCAGUUGCGGACAAAGCAACUACGUCGGAGGAACCGGAAGACAGCUCCAAACGAGAAUGGCCGAGCACGCGGCAGCGGUGCGCAGAAAUGACGCCAGCUCUCAAGUUGCGGCUCAUUCGACGAGAUCCGGCCACGCAUUUAAAUUCGAUGAGGCCGAAAUUCUCGCAGAAGGUGACAACCGAGUGAGCCGGGACCUACUGGAAUCAUGGUUUCCUGGCCCCCAGUCCAUCAACAAGUGCAACGAUCUUCCCAUUCAAUACAGCGUGCUGAGACUUCGUCUAGGCGGAGUAAUUGGCCACGCGCGGAGCGCACUGGUGAACACUCUUCCCAACACCCGGGUCAACGCGUCAGAUGGUCGAGCAAUCAUCACGCUAACAUCCAACGCACGUGAUGAAAUUGCAGCAAUUAUCGACUCGAAUGUCGGCCAUCAAGCAAUGAUCACACCAAGUCUGACAAUCCCGGAUGAAAGGGAAGCCGUGAACGUUCAUAGGUAUGCGGUAGCAUGGCUGCUGCAUCCUAUAAAUACCGCAGCCCCUUGUGCAAAAACCACCCGUUUCUGCUCUUAUGUCUCUGUUGAUGGAUUCGAGUAGGAAUUCUAAACGUCAGGCUAAUAAAGCUCUUGUCCCGGCGAUCGUGUCUCCUUCUUCAUUUCUACUGUGUGCCUACAUGGAACUAUACGAUCUUCUGUGAAAAUUUUCAACAGCCCAAGCACUUCCAAUUAAAAGAAUUCGAAGUGAAAUUAAACAUCCGCACCGGAUUCCGGACUCUUUUAUUCUGAAGGAUGAAUAGGCCACAACUUAGUGGAAAAAUUUGAGAAAACAAUUGUUAUGUAGUAAGCCAGCAUUGAAACUAGAUCGACGUCCUAGACAACCGCGUUUAACCAGAACUUCGAAGUUAAAACCCAACCAGUGAAUACUUACAAUUGUCCUUUUACCUACUCGGAGACUAAUAUAAGGUUAAUUCAGUCGAGCAGAUUUCUCAUGCAUCCUGAUAGUAUGGAUAGGUGGUCCCUUAAAUUUUCUUAAAUGACCAUUUGCUAUUUAAUUGUACGCUGCACUUCCAGUUAAACUGGAUUAACGUUUGCGAGUACACACUUUUGCUUUGCUAAACUACGGCCAAACUACUUGACUGAAAAGAAUGUAUAGAAGUCAUUUAGAAGUUCCAUCCGUCCUACAGCGUUCCAGCAAGGCAGUCUAAAUUCUUGCACCAGCAGGCAGUUGAUGACCAAACGACCGGCAGAGGGCGAUACGCGAGCCCUACACUGAUUAAAACGGAGCUCAACCUACUCAUAUAUACGUCCAACCAAGCUUGCUUUGCCUUUACAAAUCACAGUCACCUCCUAAUAACACACAUUCCCGACCCUUGUCCUCAAGACUAGAUCAUAAUCUUCACCACCGCAAUAGCAAGCUCAGACCACCAUUAGCCGCUUGUUCCCGUCAUAGUGCAACAAUGUGUUCUUACAAUUGCACUGCACUGUCGUUCGCUUAUGGUAUUGAAUAACUGAAAGCGUGCAAUAAACUGCAAAAUUACAUGUGUGGGACCUCACCAGCAACACUAGCUGUGCGUUAUCUCACAACACACUAUUGCAUUGUUUCAUUUGCCGCUCUUGUUAGUCGAUACUCUAAAAAUUACCACAAAACAUUUCCUAACAGCAGAUACCUGAAUUACUUCCUAUUUAAUAAUUCAGUGAUGAUCAGACUCACCCUUUGGCUUUCAUUUUUUAAUUUCGCAGCCAUUUAUAUUGAUGACCUUGCCAUCAUUAAUCGCUCCAAAUUUUAAUGUGGUAGAAGAUUAUUUGAUCGUGUGUCAGGAAGAUAACUAGAAAUGGACCGUUGUUGAAUGAUCACUAGUUUGUCCAGAGUGAUGACAGUUCACCUGUCACAUUCACAUCUCUUCUGACGACGCUUUGUCCUUACGCGGUAGUUUAUGGCUUUAUCCUCCCCCGUCAUCGGAGAUCUUUCAUCAUGAUUUCAAAAAUCGGCCAAGCACGCGUUUUUGGGUUUUUUGGCUAGUAUCUUUGUUGUCCGUAUGCUAUACUGUAGUCCCAGUAUUUUCUACUAGUCGCCUGCAGGCACUUUAGUGAAUGUAAAACGGUUCUCUGCCCGUGGCUAAUGGCAAUAGGUCCAAAAGCUCCUGCCAGAUUUCUGUCUGCACGUACAGACUUUUGUUCAAACUAAUUUUGCUCCAUGUUGGCGAAGAAUGUUUACGAAUAUUAUAAGGCACCGAAAAAAACUGACCUAUGCGGCAGGCUCGAACAUGCAAUCUGACACAAUGGUGGUGCCCCUAACCUCUUGAGCAGUCACUAUUGUUUUCCCAUCACGUUUGCUGGCUUGUUCGCAAGCGCGUCUUGCAAAUGGCAUGUAUAGUUUGCACCAACUUGCGAAUUCUCGAAGUUGCUUACAAGCGAUUAAAUUAAAAGUGUGCGUUAAAAGACACAGUACGCUCAUCUCAUGACAUACUACCUACACGGUAUUGCGUGUUCAUGUAACUGUUUACCAAAUAUGGAUUUUUUAUGAUAAAAUCAUGAAUCUACUUACUUGAGUAUGGAUUUUUUAUAGAAACCAUGGCUGCUGGCACCAGAUAUUCUGGUCGCUCGUAGCCGACAAAUACGGAAAUGUUGAAGAUAUCCAGUGGUUUUAGGCCAGAGACCGUGUAUGUUCCAUUAAAAUCGUCAUAAUCGAAUACGAACAGUCUCUCCUCGACAUCCACAACAAAGAAUUUGCUUUCCGAAUUGGUGUUGAUUGGUGGCUUCCAGGCCAGCUUAAUGGAUGUGUUACUAAUUGCCUCAGCAGUCAGAUCUCUCGGCAUGUCAGUACCUUGCACCAAAGAGAAGAAACACCAAGAUAAUGAUAUCGAAUUGAGAGAUAACCUGCGUGUUUUCUGCAGGUAAUAGUAAAUUACAAGGAGCAAGUUGGUUACAUUAAUCUAUAUUCAUGCAAGAUAACUUAAAAUGUAACCUUUUGCAAACGUUGUUGCAGUUGCCUCCGCCGGGGUGCCGAAGUAAUGUUUUCCUGCAUAUUUACCCUCCAAAGUCAUUGUGUAGGUCGUCGACGGGUCAAGAUUCCCGACCAAAGUCCUGCCGCCUGUGCCAACCAGCCGGCUUUUUCGAUGGCCUGUAAUGUUCAGGCGAUAAUUGUCAAAUUGAAUAUUAUGAUCCAUUGGAUGUUCCCAGGUUACUCUUAUUGUAUUCGAGCUGUACACAUCAAGCCUCAUUGCAGUUGGCCGAUCAUCGCCUAAAAGAUAGGAUACAUUGGUUAGUAGGGCCAGCGAACAUUUGGCAUUUGGCUUGCGUUCUCUGAAUUUAAGUUAAAUAAUGGGCUAUUUUCCGGUACGAUGAAAAUCCCUAUACUUUACAAUGACUACGUCAAUCAGGUAACCGCUAGCAACGUAGACUGUUAUCCAGACUGUUGCAAGUGAUGACUUGUGUGUCUGUGUGUAUGACAUUCAAAGUGUUGUACGUGUGCUUCCCCCACGAAUACAACAUCGUCACUCCGCCGACCUCCACAGCGACGGCACGCAGCACUGCCACCAUCGUCGCGGCCACAACCAUCACCAAUGUUGUCGACGAUCAAACUGCGGAUUUCCUGAUGUCCCAUCACACCCGCCAGAUACCCAACGACGACUAUUGCUACCUCAUCAGUCCACGCCGCGCGUAAUAACACUCUUGACACCUAAUGGAGCGUAAACUCAACAACUUUCUCUUGUAACAUCGGAAUUUCGGAAUCGAUUCCAACCUAUUCUCAUUGAGAUCGCACCUUUACCCCACGUGCGAGCCUGGUCAGUCACUUGACAGUUCAUCUCAUCACGACUGGUGCACAAGUGCCGGGAACCCUGAAUUACAAUCAGCGCAUCUAAAUGGACUCUCGGCGUUAUCCCUGCAUUCCUAUUCGGCCACAUCAGCAUAAAAGACUGUGAAAUCUAUCACAGUGUCGACAGCCAAGCACAUCUCGUGCAACCGGUAGCUCUCCCACAUUUAUCACCACCUACUUCUUCUCUGCCAUCGUGGCGAACGCUAGCAGCAUCACCAACGCAACCAACCUAUUCAGCUAAAUUAUCACCGCAUAUACAAAUCAUGCAUCGGCCUGAUUGGUCGCCUUCGAAUCCACUGCACAGUCACUGGCGAACCAUUGCCCGGGGCAUUGAAAAACAUCACCGCAACAGUAUCAAUCAUCUAACCUACUAACGCACAUUUAGUUAACGCCUGGGCCUACUGGGUCACUUGCACAUUCAUUAAGACUUGAAGUAUGACACCCUCAGUUAAAACCGUCAUUACGGUUGAACCUCACCGGCACACAAGAAUCUGUCCCUCAUCAGCCGGCAGGGGUGAGAACCAGGCUCCACUCACGUGCUCUUCGUGCAAUCGUGGUUCUUUUUACCCAGAGCAGGGUAUGUGAUGGUACGCACAGUUUCGGGUUUUUUCCUUAUCCUAUCUCCGUUCAUCUUGAUUCUCUCCUGACAUCGAAUCGAGGUGAGGGAGGAGGAGGAGGAGGAGGAGGAGGAGGAGGAGGAGGAGGAGCAGUGUUUGCGGUAA